AUGAGCAUAUUGACAGCAGAAAGACUCGUGAGCUUAGCCUACAGAUAUCCGCACUUGCAAACCACAUGGUACUUACUUGCCACGGCAUGCUUGACCGUGGUCAACCAGCCCCAGGAAAUCCCCAAGCUUUACCAUUUCGCGCUACGCCAACAAUUACUCCAAGAUCCCCCCACAAGCAAAUCGGUGUCGUCACUUCUCACGGACCACGCCAUGAUCCAGUUGGCUCAAGAUUCCAUCAACUCGGCCAAGAAGUACCAGGACCUCUCCGCGGUGGGGAUAGAUUUGCCCGAUGUGCUCAUCCCGCACUCGUUGCAUGAAGACUUGCCGUUGCAGUUCAAGUAUCUGAAAAACGAAGAUAUUCGCCACAUGCAAGACCAGUUGACGUCGAGGUUCCGCGAGGUGAUUUUGAAGAGCGUCGCGUUGGGCGGGUUGCCCAAGGCCAUCAAUGCCUUGAUGAUCCUCAAGACUGCCACGCCGACAAAUUUGAAACCCGGUGUUCACCCCGAGCGGCCCUGUGUUGUUCGGCCCGGGUACAUGCCGCUGGCUUCUAUAAUCAGCGAAGACGCGUGCGGCACUUCGUUUGAGGACUCGUCGGAGGAUACCAUCAAUGGGCCCAUCUCGGAGGCCUCCAUCAACAGACAGCAGAUUGCCGCGGAUAUAGUGCGCGGGUCUUCGAUGUGGCAGAAUAUAUACGGCAAGAUUAGCCACCGCGUCAAGAACCAGAUGUUUAAUGCGUACCCUGACUUGUGGUAUUUCGCGUACCACCAUGUGUAUGCGCCGUUGUUGAGCUACACCAAGGUCAUCUCGGCCAAGGAGACCUCCUUGUGUGUGGUUGCUUGUUUGAUUCCUCAAGAUGUCAAUCCGCAGCUCAAGGGCCACUUGAAAGGCGCUGUAAAUAACGGGGCCACCAGGGAGGAGUUGGACGAUUUGAGGCUGUUGGUGUUCAACAUCUGUGACUGGACCGGCGGUAUAGCGUGGAAAGGAGGUAAAGAAAGUGUAGCCAAGUUGUAG